AUGAGAGAUAUUUAUGCUUUACAUCUCGACUUUUUUCUAACCCCUGUGCAUUUUCCCCCGCAAGGAGUGCAAAUAAGUGACGAAUCGGGAUUUCCCAUAAAAAAUGGGAUAACUAAGGCUUACGCUGACGGUGCCGGUUUAAGCUUGACGUGUACGGCGACCGGUGGAAAACCACAAGCUCAGGUGACAUGGUGGAGAGACGGUGAACUCGUCGCGGAGGAUACUCAGUUCAUGCCCGAAAGGGCUAAAUCGCAAACUGUGCUCAAGAUAGCCAAACUAACGCGGUCGCAUUUAUUAGCGGUGUAUAGCUGUGAAGUUAGUAACAGUAAACUGCAGCCACCUUUGGUUGUUCGCGUAGCUGUAGAUAUGUUCCUCCGGCCGUUAGAAGUUAAACUACAAGGCGACAAUCCACCGCUUAGUGGCGGUAGGAGGUAUGAUAUUGUUUGCAAGUGUAAAGGAUCGCGUCCUCCGGCAGUUGUUGCUUGGAUGAAGGCUGAACUGGUUUCGCCUAACAGCGUUAGGAUAAAUCAGAUUAGCCUGGUUGAAUUGUUAGGCUGA